GAACAAGUAGUUUAAGAGCUAAGUUUACUACACGUGGUAGCUUGUGCAGCGCCGAAUCACAUCUCCCGCUCCACUUGACGCUGCACACGGACACGUGGAGGCCAGCCGAAGCAGGGUGUGACGUUAAAGGUAGGGGGGCGACGGGAGAGGAAGGAAGACCGGCGCCGGGACUCAAUCUACCAGGCUCUACCCACCCCCAACCUUUUGGCGCCUUCUCGCCUCCUUUCCCCAGGCGCCUCUUAACGCAGCGGGAGGGAGGGCUUUUGUCGCUGGCGCGCGCCCGCGAGCGCUCUGCAACUCCCAGAUCCUCGGCGUUUGCCUCCCACUGGGGUAGAGGGGGCGUUGGGAGGAGUGGAGGUGCGUACGUGAGAGAGGAAGUGACGUCGGGCCGGGCUGCCUUAUAAGGACGGGGGAGCCCGCGUCUCCCAGCUUCAGUGCGCUCUGGCGGAUUGGUGGGAACCGCUUGUCAUCAGCUCGGGUGGCGACGGUGACACCGGCGUAGGCUUCGCCAUCAGCUGCGGUAUUGCUGGAGGACUAUUUCAAGUGAGUAGAGCGGUUGGUACAGGAAUUCAGUAUGAUGGACCACGCCAGGUCAGCAAUCUCCAACCUGUUUAGUGGAGAACCACUCUCAUACACACGUUUUAGUUUGGCCCGGCAAAUGGAUGGUGACACUAGUCAUGUAGAGAUGAAACUGGCUGCAGAUGAAGAAGACAGUGGUGAAAGCAGCAUAGAGAAUAAUCAUCCCCACGUCACCAAAAGAAAAACCAUUGGUGGAAACAUCUGCUUUGGGAUUAUUGCUAUUACGAUCUUUUUCUUGAUUGGAUUUAUGGUUGGCUACUUGGGUUAUUGUAAACAGCUAGAAACCAACGUUAACUGUUCAGAGAAUUCCAAUGGAGAAAUAGCAUCAACUAAGGAAGUUGAAACGGGUUCACCAGAAGAACUUCCAUUCUUGGAACCUCAAUCUGAAUUAUCUUGGAAUGAUCUGAAAAAAAUGUUGUCAAGGAGAUUGGAUGCUAAAAAUCUUACUGACACAGUCAGCAUCUUAAGCAAGAACUAUGCUUCUCAUGAGGCGGGCUCAAAAGAAGAUGAGAUGUUUGGAUAUUUUAUUUAUCAGCAGUGGAGGGGAUUAAAAAUGGACAAAGUCUGGAAAGAUAAACACUUUGUUAAAUUACAAGUUAAAGGCAGUGGUCCUCAGAACUCGGUGACCAUAUUGGAUGAGAGUGGAAAUAGUAGUGAAGUUAUGCCUAUUGAUGGUUAUGUAGCAUACAGUGACAAUUCAACAGCAACUGGUACACUAGUUUAUGCUAAUUAUGGCACCAAAGAGGACUUUGAACAACUAAAGUCAAAAACUGCUGUAAUUGGAUCUGUGGUUUUACUUAGAGCUGGAAAACUGUCUUUUGCGGAGAAGGUUGCAAAUGCUGAAGCCUAUAAUGCUGUUGGUGUCUUGAUUUACCUUGAUCGUUCUGAUUUUGAUAUUGUUGAUGCAGAGGUUGUACCUUUUGGACAUGCUCAUCUAGGAACAGGUGACCCCUUUACACCUGGAUUCCCUUCCUUUAAUCACACUCAGUUCCCACCAUCACAGUCAUCAGGAUUACCUAAUAUUCCUGUUCAAACAAUCUCCAGAUCACAGGCAUCGAAACUCUUUAAUGCAAUGGAUGGAGAGAUCUGUCCCACUUCCUGGAUGGGAGAUGACAAAUGUAAGAUGAACUCAAAAACGAAUGUUAGACUUACUGUCAACAAUGUGCUAGAGGAAAAAAAGCUUCUCAACAUCUUUGGAGUUGUCAAGGGCAUUGAUGAACCAGACCGCUAUGUGGUGGUAGGAGCCCAGAGGGAUGCCUGGGGCCCUGGAGCUGCCAAAUCUCUUGUGGGGACAUCUCUUCUAUUGGGGAUUGCUAAUGCAUAUUCUGAUUUGGUGUCUAAAGAUGGAUAUAAACCCAGAAGAAGCGUUGUCUUUGCCAGCUGGAGUGGUGGAGAAUUUGGAGCUGUUGGUGCCACUGAAUGGCUAGAGGGUUACCUUUCCACAUUGCAUCUAAAGGCUGUUACAUACAUCAAUCUGGACACUGCUGUUGUUGGUUCAAAUAACUUCAAAGUCUCUGCCAGUCCAUUAUUGUAUACACUCAUCGAGAGAAUCAUGAAAGAGGUGAAUCAUCCAGUUAAAGGAGGGACUCUCUACAGAGACACUAACUGGAUCAGUGAGGUGGAGCCACUUUCACUGGAUAAUGCUGCUUACCCUUUCCUUACCUAUUCUGGAAUCCCAUCAGUUUCAUUCCGUUUUUGUGAGACUAAACCUUACCGAUAUUUGGGCACCAAACUGGAUACUUACGACCACCUGUCAAAAGAUAUUCCUUCUUUGGGAGAGCUGAUGUACGCAGCUGCAGAAGUGACUGUACAAAUGGUGAUAAGGCUUACCCGUGAUCAUGAGUUGUACCUAGACUAUGAAAGGUACAAUGAAGAAUUGUUUAAUUUUGUCAGGAAACUUUUGCCAUUCAAGUCAGAGUUAAAGAGCCUGAAUCUGAAUUUUCAGUGGCUGUUCUCUGCUCGUGGUGACUUUAGCAGGGCUACUCAUGACCUCACAAAUGAUCUCUAUCGUACAGACACUACCAAUAGGCUCGUUAAUAGAGAAAUCAAUGAUCGUAUCAUGAAAGUAGAAUACAGUCUCCUAUCUCCCUAUGUGUCUCCAAAGGAAACUCCUUUCCGGCACAUCUUUUGGGGAUCUGGCUCUCAUACUCUUUCAGCUUUGUUAAGCCAUUUACAACUUUUGAAGAAAAAAGACAUCAAUUUCAAUGAAACAGUGUUCAGAAACCAGUUGGCCCUUGCUACCUGGACAAUUCAAGGAGCUGCAAAUGCACUAGCUGGCAAUAUUUGGGACAUAGACAAUGAAUUUUAGAUGAAAUUCCCACACACAACUCAUCUGAGAACAAUAAGGCAAUGUAGUCCUCAAAAAAAAAUCAUCACUGGUCUUAUUCAAUAUUUUUAGGACCAUAAAAAGUUAAAAGCUUUGUUAAGAUUUAAGCAUUAAAUCCUGCCUAGCAGUUAGUACAGAGUAGGUACUUGUACUUAAUGCCAGGUGAAUAUUUUACACCCCUGCCAAACUGAACUCAGUCUCUUGAAAAAAUUGUUAAAGAUUCUUCUCUUUAAUCUCUAGGCUCCAUUUAAGGUUAUUUGCAGUGUUAACUGCUUCUCAACUAAUCCCCUUUAUACAGAGCCAAAAGCAGCUGGGGGAACCAGAGAUCCAAUAAUGAUUCUAAAGGCCUAAUCCAACAACUGUUACCCUGAACAUGGGAAAGAAGAUGACUACUGAGGACUUUAAGUGUCCACUUGUAAUAGUUUAUCUCUUGCUGUUGACCAAGAGAUGAGGUUAUGAGAUGUGAUAGUUCUCUUCCCUCUGUGAGAGAGAGCCAGACAGGGAGAAGACUAGGAUUUCCUUGCCAGGAGUAUUUAGAAGUGAUUCACCUGAAUAAGUUAUAUUUGGUGAUUAUCACAGGAGCAUGAUCCUGGUAUAUAUCCUAGAAUUCUUCAUGAGUAGAGGAGACUAGAAGCCAAAGAAUUUUUUUGAUAACUUUUUCCUGCUGUCUCCCCACCUCUUUAUCCCUCCCCUAAGAAAAUUGGCUUAGUGACUUUUCCAUGAAGUCCUCUGAACUAUGUCAGAUUGAUAUGGACUAUUGAAAAGAUAUCACUCUUGCUCAGUUUGUCAAAUCUAAACUUAAAUAUUUGCCAAAUUUUGGCCAAGAAGUUAACCUCAUGGGAAAGCUUUCUAUUAUUUGGCACUGAGAUAUAUUUAUUUGUCUUUAUUUAUCAGUGACAGAGUUCACUAUAAAUGGUGUUUCAUUUUUUUAUAGAAGAUAAUUAUCGGAAGCAGUGCCUUCCAUAAUUAUGACAGUUAUACUGUCGUUUUUUUGAAUUAAAAGCAGCAUCUGCUAUUAAAACUGAACAGAUACUAGAAGUUUUGCAUUUGACUUGUGCUGCCAAUAGACAAGUCUUGACUCUAAAAUUUAAACUGACCACACAGCUUUUGAAUAAACGAUAAAGUCAAAUCCUUGAGGAAAUAACCUAUUGUUGAACAGAACAUAUGAAGAUUAGAAAGAAAAUAUUUUAACAUUUUAGGUAAAAUUGGCUCAUUCCCAAAUGUAUUUUGCACAAAGAUAAUGAAGUGGAUGAAAUAAACCUAAUUGCUAUUCUUUUUUAAAAAAAGAUAUUAAUGGUGGUCAUCUUUGUAAAAUGCCCACAUCUUAAAAUUGACAUGGCUGCAUUGUAUCAGAAUUUCAGUGCAAAACUUCGAGUACCUCUUACAAAUCUAGCUUACAUUAUCGGAAGCAGUGUCUUCCAUAAUGAGUAAAGAACAAGGUAGUUUUUGCCUACCACGGUGUUUAUAUCGGAGACAGUGAUCUCCAUAUGUUACACUAAGGGUGUACGUAAUUAUCGGGGACAGUGUUUCCCAUAAUUUUCUUCAUGCAAUGACAUCUUCAAAGCCUGAAGAUCGUUAGUAUCUAACAUGUAUUUUCAGCAUCUUUGUAUUUUUUUUUAGUUGCAGAAGCAUACCUUGUAGUCAACAUUGUCUAGUAAAUAUUCAAAACUUUUUUUCAGGUUUCUGUGGGUCUUCCCUUCCCCCCCAAUUUAAUAUGGGUAUUUUCUUUGUACUUGUGGUUUCUCAAUUUUCUGUUAAGACUACUUUAAUAAUGAAUGAAUGUGCUUAUGUUCCACUUGGUUGCUUUUCUUGUUGAACUGAUCCUAAUGAAAGUUGGGAUUCAAAGCAGACUUGGGAUUUGGUGGUUUUGUUUUUUUGUUUUUUUAAGGGAUUUUUUGGCUGGAAAGGGGGUAAAGUGGGAGGUUUACAGAGGCUCUGAACAUGUUUAUUUGCUUAAUAGAAUGGUGGUCAUUGUAAAUGCAAACAAACCUGGAGGCCCAUGUGAAUAAAAGGGUUUCCCUCUUUUUUGUUUUUUUGUUUUUUGUUUUUUUAAAUAGAGCAAAUGCCUACUCUUAGUUGUUGGCUCUUCAGAGGUCAUCUAAAAUCACCACACACCUGACAAUGGCAGGUCCAUUAAGGUGUCUUCAAAUGAAAUUGUAGAUUCAGGAACUUGAUAUGCCUGUCUCUGACUUGUUGUGCAAUCUGAUCUUAACCUCACCAAUGAUUUAAGGAUGGCAAUUCAGUAUGUUUUGAUUGCCACUUAAGUAAAGAAGGCAACAUGGUUGGGCCCGUUGCUUCUGAAGAGCCAUAGCUAAACUUUGAAUACAGCCUGCUCUUUAGAACUAAGAGCAUAUGUGCACAGGUUUUGGAAGGGUUAAUUCUUUUCCUUUUGUACAAGUUGUUCCUGAUUAAGUAGCACAAGACAUGUAUUCCUAGGCAUUUCCCUAAUGUUCAGAAUAGUGCUUUGAUUGCUGAAGGUUUUUCUCUGCUAAAAAACAUGGCCCAUUAAUUGAGGCUUAAGAUCAAAAAAGGGACAUCUAAUGUUCAUGAUUCCUUGUUUUUGGUGUUGGGUGGCAUUUCCCCUAGUACUUGCAUGCAUUUCACUGUGUGCUUAUUUCACCAAUGUUUAUCAGCUAAGACUUUUAGCGGGUUAAAAAUAAUUAUCUUAAGUUGUGAUUGUAUUACUUGGCUAUGUUUCUAGUGCAUAGAGUAUUGCUGUUACUAGUCACUAGCUGGUAUGUGAAAUAUUGUAGAGGUUUCUUGUUACUAAAUAAAAUGCCCAAAGACAUUAA